AUGAGCUCUCUCACCGUGGACUCGGCGCUCAUCGCCAAAGUGACCGACUACAUAAAGGUCUACAUGUCCAACUAUGAUCCAUCACACGAUUACAGCCACAUCAAGCGCGUAGUGCAUCUUGCACAGAAAAUCCAGGCACAUGUUCCCAAUACGAACCGCGAUAUUGUCACUCUUGCUGCACUGCUGCACGAUGUAGGCGAUAGGAAAUACCUUAAGCCCGGAGAAGACGCCACGCGCAUGAUCUUUAGCACCUUGACAUCUCUUGGGGCAUCCGAAGCCCUGGCAGAAAAAAUACAAACAAUUUGCCUUGGCGUUAGCUAUUCGAGCGAAAUCAAGGACCUUGCGCGUGUGCAGACGCUUAUUAAGGAACACCCAGAACUCGCUGUUGUGCAAGACGCCGAUCGACUGGAUGCAAUUGGAGCGGUGGGCAUUGGCCGAGCUUUUACCUUUGGGGGGGCCAAGGGAAGGGCCUUGGAUGACUCUAUUGGCCAUUUCGAAGAGAAGUUGUUGAAACUCGAGUCUAUGAUGAAGACGGACUAUGGAAGGGAGAUGGCGCGGGAGAGGACGGAGAGGAUGAGGCUCAUGAAGGAGUGGUUUGAGCAGGAGACUGAAGGAAUUGAGUAA